CGGCGGGCGAGUAAGUCCGCGGGCGGCCGCGGCGCCGGAGCCGUUGUCGGGCGGGAGGGUUUUAGAUCUAUCUGGCACUGUUCUUGGACAUAUUUUUCCUCCAGAGUAAGAAGACAAUAUGAAAAUACUACUUUUGAAAUGCAAAACUCAUCUGCUUCUCUUCUGUGAUAACCUCUUUGUGAGGCAAGGCUGAAGGUUUGGAGCGGAUGUUGGAAGAUGUUAGCUGUGGAUACUGGGACUGUGGAGGAGUGGUUAUCAGAGUUCAAGACACUGCCAGAAGCAUCCAUAUCCAGCUAUGCUACAAACUUGAAAGACAAGAGUGCUUUGAUUUCAUCUCUUUACAAAGUAAUUCAGGAGCCACAGAGUGAACUACUGGAGCCCGUUUGCCAUCAGCUCUUUGAGUUCUAUCGCAGUGGUGAGCAACAAUUACUACGGUUUACGCUGCAGUUUCUGCCGGAGUUGAUGUGGUGCUAUCUUUCUGUCUCGGCCAGCAGAGAUUUGCAGAGCAGUGGAUGCAUAGAGGCUCUUCUCCUAGGAGUUUAUAACUUGGAGAUAGUUAACAAAGAGGGACACAGCAAAGUGCUGAGUUUCACAAUUCCAUCUUUGUCCAAACCUUCAGUCUAUCAUGAACCUUCCAGCAUUGGCUCCAUGGCUCUCACCGAAGGAGCUCUGUCACAGCAUGGUUUGUCCAGGGUUGUGUACAGUGGGCCUCAUCCUCAGAGGGAGAUGUUAACAGCACAGAACAGGUUUGAAGUGCUGACAUUCCUCCUGCUCUGUUACAAUGCUGCCUUAAGCUACAUGCCUGCAGUUUCUCUUCAGUCCUUGUGUCAAAUUUGUUCAAGAAUUUGUGUCUGUGGAUAUCCUCGCCAACAAGUGAGAAAGUACAAGGGAGUCAACAGUAGGAUUCCAGUUUCAUCUGAAUUCAUGGUGCAAAUGCUAACAGGGAUUUAUUAUGCCUUUUAUAAUGGAGAAUGGGAUCUGGCUCGUAAAGCUAUGGAUGACAUUUUGUAUAGAGCACAGCUGGAACUGUAUCCAGAACCUCUGCUGGUUGCUAAUGCAAUAAAAGCUUCACUGCCUCAGGGUGCCAUGAAAUCUAGUAAAGAAGGUACAAGGUGCAUUCAAGUUGAAAUUACACCUACUUCAUCCAGAAUAUCAAGAAAUGCUGUUACUAGCAUGUCUAUCCGAGGGCAUAGGUGGAAAAGGCAUGAACAACCAGAGAAUGGUAAUGAUGCUACUGAAUUGGGCAACUUUAUCAUACCUGAGAUUAGUGUCACAAGUGUGGCUGGAGAGAGGACCGGGAAUGGGGAAAAGAGCAGAGCACUAGCAGAGAAUGAUGUUCAGCAUUUACAGGGAGUACAGGAGACAGCUACAGAUCCUAGAACUGACAGCAAAGGCAUGCCAGAAAUCAGGAGACAAAAAUCUGUAAGAAAAAUGAUGGAGGAUGGAUUAAACUCAUCUGGCAGAGUGCAGUUUUAGCAGAGCACUUGUAGCUGCACUCGAAGGUAAUACCGAUUUAGCAAUUCAAGAUGAACUGAUAGAAAUAUCUGAAACUGAUGAAGGGUUUUACUCUAGGGCUACUUCUAGUACAAGUCAAUCUGCCCUAUCUAACAGCAGCAACACGAGCAGUAAGAACCUGUUAGGGAAGAGCCAACGAAGGUCUGGAGGAAACAAAGCUGGAGGCAAAGAAAAAGAAGGAGAAACCUGCAGAGAACACUUGUCCCGAAAACAAACUCAGAGAGCCAUGAGUGAGAAUCUAGAGCUGGUGUCUCUGAAAAGACUGACACUGACAACUAGCCAGUCCCUGCCUAAGCCUGGCAGCCAUAGUCUGGCCAGAACGACCACUACUGUGUUUAGUAAAUCAUUUGAACAGGUCAGUGGUGUCACAGUUCCAAAUAAUCGUGGCGGUGUGUCUGGUACAGAGGCAAACAGGUUUUCAGCUUGCAGCCUUCAGGAGGAAAAACUGAUAUAUGGAACAGAAAGAACAGAUCUUCCAAUGUUAAGCAAACAACCUAAUCAGCAGCGACCUCCUAGUAUUAGCAUAACUUUGUCAACAGAUUGAUACUGUAAAUUGACAAGUAUGAAAAAUAAAACAUCGAGGGUUUAUGCUGAUGUUGGUACACUGGUACAUGAGGCUCCUUAAUGUGCUACACAUUAUUUUCUUGAAUGUCAAGCCCAUCAAUUAUUUGGCUCACAUUUGACAGUAUUAGUGAAUAGACAACAGUUGUAAUCAUUCUGCAUCAACUUCAUCAAGUUUCUUCUUGACUUACUAUAUUUGUACACCUGAUUGCUUAUGGCUUCAUGUGAAGUUUACAACUUCACCAGUUUAACAAGCACUGAUCGGUUGUUUAGCCACUGACUGAGAUGUGGCUUUUUAUAAGUGCACAGUGUGGGAACAAAUAGAGCCUCUUGCCCAGAAUCUGCUUUUUUACUACCACUUGACAUAGGCAAAACUGCAAGUACUUUUAUUUAAGAGAAAUCUUGCAGUAUGGGCAUGAAAUUGUGGAACAGCAUUGUAAGAACAUAAACAUUCUCUUAUGUUACCUGUGAGAAAGCUGUGCUUACGUGUAAGGUUAAAACUAGAAGCAUCAGUUCAGUGUUUGAUGUUUUGGCAGGUUUUGUAAUGGUAGUUAGUACAUGUUGCAGUGUUGUUCUUCAUGCCACCUGUAUGAAUCUGAAUUACAGACGCAUUUUUGGUUUUCUGUAAGUCUUUAAAACUGGGCCAAAAGUCACACAGCAGCAGUACUUGUGAAUGGGAGUUCUUAUCAGUUGUUAUCAGUUGCUCCUUGGACUUACAAAUUGUGUGACAGACUGUCUUUCAGAUUCUUAAAUAUCAGGCACAAAGCUACUCAUUGAAAAGUCACUGUCAUCAGUAUUUUUAUUAUUUAUGAAGAAGAGCUGUGCUUAUGUAACAACGUUAUGUAUAAAAUGAGGUUAUGAGCCCUUUGCACUGACUCGAGAAAAUCAGGAGUGUCUGAGUAUGUUUAACAAGAACUUCUUACUUGGGACUAAGAGAAUACUACCAAAGGAUGUAUCCUGUCAGUAUCUUGCAAGCACAAAGGGAAACUGUAAUGUAAAUGUAACUAGUGCUCUAAUUGCUAGUCUUUUAUAUCCAUUAUUUUUCUAGUUUAAUAUUCUAAACCAGCAGCCUGUUCAAAGUUACUUAACCUUUAACCUUCAGGUAGUUUGGUGACCUUGUUUGAUACCAACUUUUAUAAUAUUAAGAUUUUAAUUAAAAAUAGACAUUAAAACUGAUUAUGCAGAAAUUUGGAGAAGCAAUACCUGACAAAACCACUCCAGAGCAGUGAUUAGCUGCUAAACAGACAAUGUAUUAUUAUGAGUGGGGAAACAGAAGAAAUAGUUAUUCCCAGCUGUCCAGGUUUUUGCAGCAAGUGAUCCCUUAUUGUCAAGAACCUGGUAACAGAACAAACACUAAAAUUCUGGUAGACUUUCCUGUUUACCUGCAGAAAAGUUGAGAUAGCCCUUUUUGACUUAAACUGAAGCACAGAUAACUUUUAAGCAGCUAACAUUAUUCAGGUUCAUAAAAAUUAAUAAGCUGGUUAAUUAAUGAAGAGAGAUGAGGAGAAAUAGUUGAUAGAGACAAGGCAGUUGUAUAAUUCUACUUCUAAGACUGCAGACUAGAUGUGUACAUUUCUUAAUAUUCACCAGAGUCUGUGGAAUAGCUACGUCAGUCUGUAGAAGUUUGUCUUUACCUGAGAACCCGUGUUUAAAUGAAUGUGCCACACUUUGUCAGAUUCUUCAGUUUGUUGUGUGACACUGUUCUAUUCCUUGUAAUGCGGUAUUUCACCUUUUUUACAGUGAAGUGUUCUCUUAAUUGUACAUGAAAACUUACAUUCCUAAUGUAUAAACGACAAGUUUGUCUUGUUUUGUGUGUAAUACUUUGGCCAGUGAAAUAAACUGGUUCUUAGAAGUUGUAUGUUUUUGUAAAAACUUUGUACAGCAGAAAAUUUUGCCUUUUUUUCUAUAGGUUUUCCUGCAAUAUUCAUUAGACGGCACAUUUGUUUCACAUUGACUAACUAGAAUUUGUAAGUAAUUCUACUGGUUUUGUUUUGGUUAAUUUAGUCCAUUAGUAUUUCAGUUGUCUCCACAGUAUACGCUUUUUCAAGUGGGUGUUGGUUUAAAAGGCGUUUAUUAUACUGGCAAGAUUUAGUCACUUGACCUAUAAAUAAUUAGAAUUUUGAUGUAUCUAAACCAGCAUAAAAUGUAGAUCUGUGACAUAAUGUUUACAAUACUGUUGGCUACAAGUCAAUCUGUGUUAAGGUAAAGUUAGUUUAUCCAGCUAACUGUUCUAUACUGUGGUCUGACUGGAACCCAAGACUUCAACUCAUGGUGGUACAAAUAAAAUUACAUAAAGCUUCA